UCAAGAAGGAAAGGGCUCAUCUGACUGUAAGUGGAGCACAGGCAGCUCUGACCCUGCCUCUUUUCCCAGCCCUUAAAUCUUCCAGUCAGGCUUCCUAAAUUACCUCCGUGCUGGGAAGGAAAGCUCCACACAAGACAGCCCAGCAAAGAGCAGCACAAAGCCAAGAGAGCAACUCCAAAGAGAGAACUAAAGAUGGAUCUCAUCCCAGAAUUUGCCACAGAAACCUGGGUCCUUCUGGCUACCAGCCUGGUGCUGCUGUACCUGUUUGGUACCCAUUCUCAUGGAUUUUUUAAGAAGUCGGGAAUUCCUGGGCCCACGCCUCUCCCUAUUGUGGGAAAUGUUCUCUCUUACCGCAAGGGAUUCUGGAAAUUUGAUGAAGAAUGUUAUAAAAAGUAUGGAAAAAUGUGGGGGUUGUACGAUGGUCGACAGCCUCUGCUGGCUAUCACAGACCCCGACAUGAUCAAAACAGUGCUAGUGAAAGAAUGUUAUUCUGCCUUCACAAACCGACGGCCUUUUGGUCCAGUGGGAUUUAUGAAAAGUGCCAUCUCUAUAUCUGAAGACGAGGAAUGGAAGAGAAUAAGAGCAUUGCUGUCUCCAACCUUUACCAGUGGAAAACUGAAGGAGAUGUUCCCCAUCAUGAGCCGGUAUGCAGAUGUGUUGGUGAGAAACCUGAGGCAGGAGGCAGAGAAAGGCAAGGCCAUCACCUUGAAAGACAUCUUUGGAGCUUACAGCAUGGAUGUGAUAACGGGCACAUCAUUUGGAGUGAACGUUGAUUCUCUCAACAACCCGCAGGAUCCCUUUGUGGAAAAGACCAAGAAGCUCUUAAAAAUUGACUUCUUAGAUCCACUCUUUCUCUCAAUAAUACUCUUUCCAUUCCUUACCCCAGUUUUUGAAGCAUUACAUAUCUCUGUGUUUCCAAAAGAUGUUACAGAUUUUUUAAAAAACUCUGUACAAAAGAUGAAAAAAAGUCGCCUGCAAGAUAAACAAAAGCACCGAGUAGAUUUCCUUCAGCUGAUGAUCGACUCCCAGAACUCCGAAGAAACAGAGUCCCAUAAAGUCCUGUCUGAUCUGGAGCUUGUGGCCCAGUCAAUUAUCUUCAUUUUUGCUGGCUACGAGACCACUAGCAGUGUUCUUUCCUUUAUUAUGUAUGAACUGGCUACUCACCCUGAUGUCCAGCAGAAAUUGCAGGAUGAGAUUGAUGCGGCUUUGCCCAAUAAAGCACCCGCCACCUAUGAUGCCCUGGCACAGAUGGAGUAUCUUGACAUGGUGGUGAAUGAAACUCUCAGAUUAUUCCCAAUUGCUGGAAGACUUGAGAGGGUCUGUAAGAAAGAUGUUGAAAUCAAGGGAGUGCUCAUUCCCAAAGGAACAAUUGUGAUGAUACCAACCUAUGCCCUUCACCGAGACCCAAAGUACUGGACAGAGCCUGAGGAGUUCUGCCCUGAAAGGUUCAGCAAGGAGAACAAGGACAGCAUAGAUCCUUACACAUAUAUGCCCUUUGGAUCUGGGCCCCGAAACUGCAUUGGCAUGAGGUUUGCUCUUAUGAACAUGAAACUUGCUCUCAUCAGAGUCCUGCAGAACUUCUCCUUCAAGCCUUGUAAGGAAACACAGAUUCCCGUGAAAUUAAACACAAAAGGAAUACUUCAGCCAGAAAAACCCAUUGUUCUAAGGAUUGAGUCAAGGACGGGACCAUACAUGGAGCCUGACUUUCCCUAACGGGAUCUGCCCUGUUGUUCUGGAAAGCUACAUCUAAGAACAGUAGAGACCCCAAUUUAUAUUGUAAAGAAAACUCAGAAAUGAAGACGAGCUUAACUCAGAGCACUGGAUGAAUGACUGGGGAUUCUGUACAUUCAUUGUGCUGCCUCAGUGUCUGUGGAAGACUGUAUGUCAUGUGACAUAAAGGAGGUGACUAAACUAAUGCCACAUAUGUGGACUCUGCUACUCUGAUUCUCAUAGGGCAAGCUCCACCCACCUCCAGUUGGUACUGUUAACUCCUACUUAGCUCUGAUAAGAAAAUAAACAUUUCUCAACAUUUUAGCAAGAAUUUUGGAUGAAUGUGAGAAUUAUUGUGACUUUAAUAGUGGCAUUUAUAGCACAUAUUUGUAAUGUUCUAUAAUAAAUAUUAUAAAGAGCAAACCAAUAUAUAUUUCUUUAUAAAAGUAUUAUCUGAUGGUUUCGUGCACAUUAAGGAAGAAUCUGUAGACAUGAAUGAUUGAGAACCAACAACUAAGAAUGUUUUGUUAUCAUAAUCACUCGUUCUGUGAGGCCUUUUUCAAAACUCCAACUUGAUUAUCAACAUCUGUGAGAGUUAAUUCACUGUGACUUUGCCUUUUGUCUUUUUUUUUUUUUU